AUGGCUACCUCUCUUCCUUCGUUCCCUGCCACUCGAUUGCGCUCAUACAUUUUCCGAAUUCCUUUGUUUACUCGAUGUGUCAUAAUUGCUAUUACUGGACUUUGGAUCGCGAGUAUACAGUCCGUUUGGGAUGUGCAGCAAUGGGGAGCUUUGAUACCCGGCGAGAUCGGACUGAGUACCAUGUAUAGGACAAACACAUUUCCACUCGUCCACGUCGGCUUCUUCCACGCCUUCUUGAACACCCUGUCUUUGACACCCUUGCUGGAAAGAUUCGAGGCGGAAUAUGGGACUCUGACGACACUGGCACUGUUCAUGGGUCCUCUUUCCACGAUUCCGGCGCUUCUAUACACAUUCAUCGAAAGAGGAAUCUUUCAUAUGAACACCACAAUACUUGGGGCUAGUAUAUGGGUAUUCACCUUGAUCGCAAUGGAGGCUGUCAAGACCUACAAAUCCAACCCCUACUUUAUGCUUGGGACGACUCAAAUCCCAACUUGGAUAACGCCGAUCGUGAUGGUACUGUUCGUCUCAGUGUUGAUCCCCAAUACCAGUUUCUUGGGUCAUUUGUGUGGGCUCGCUUUUGGUUAUGGAUGGGCUCUUGGAUAUCUCAAAUUCCUCGCACCGCCGGAGCGGGUUCUCCGAUGGAUAGAAGGUAAGCUAAAUCUGCUUGGGCGACUUCCGCAUUAUGUUUCCGUGGACCAGAAGACAUAUGGACGGUAUGGUGUGCUCCCUACCACCAAUCCGGCAAUACCGGGAGAGGUUGCUUUAGGCUAUGUAGCUAGCUCGCAGAGGUUAGGACCCUAA